GCCCAUAUAUACUCUGAUAGACUGUUGCCGCCUGGCUGCGAGCACCACAGAAGUGAGAACUACGCAGGCGAGCUGUUCGACGAAAUGGGGGUCGGCAUAUGAGGUUUGGUCGGCGGCUGGCUGGUGCGGCGAAUGUCGCGGGUACGCAGAUGGUUGUUGUAUGCUGGGAAAUUAAUGGCGAGCUGUUCGACGAAAUGUUCAACUGAGUUCACCGCGGCGCCAAGCGAGUCGAGGGGCUAAGCAGCAUAUGCUAAGCAAGAACGAUGCGCUGGACCCAAUUACCCCGUGUACCACGGCAUGCAGAGUUUGGCAUAAAUAGGUACCUUUGCAUUGCACAGGAGAGUAAGUAUGAAAGAUGGUGUUGUUUGCCUCUACUCCUUCCACAAAAGCAAAGUUAGGCACCAUUGUUGCAGCACUAGAGCUUUCGCUUAUAGUGACAAUCUUAGCAGCUCCAGUAGCCUUGCCUGGUUGCCCGGAGGCAUGUGGUAACAUCACCGUCCCCUACCCUUUCGGCAUCAGGCAAGGCUGCUCGCGCCCGGGGUUCAACCUCACCUGCGACGAGACACGCCAUCCACCGAAACUCUUCCUAGGCCAUGGCGUAGAAGUCGACGCCAUCUCCCUAGCGGAUGGCACGAUGCGGGUCCAAAGCAAGAUUGUAAUCGUGACUACUCGAGACUUCAAUGGCUCCUGGUCCAGUGGCAUAAUGCCCAAUGCCACCAUCUCGGUGUCAACCGAGCACAACGUCUUCGCGGUCCUCAGGUCCAACGUCAUCGCCCACCUCGCCCCCAGCUAUAAUGUUUCCGAGCAAUUGUACAACAGCACCUGCGCUGCGCUUUGCGAUGAUUAUAUUUAUUGGACGGGAACAGUCUGGGCCUGGGACAGGGACGCCCCGUGCUCGGGCGUGGCCUGCUGCCAUACAACCAUCGCGUCGGGUUUACCCGCGUAUGGGGUCCAGUUCAAGGAUUUCUCUCAGAAAUCCUAUCCCGUGUCAGACGAAGUUGCAUUCAGAGAAGAUACGCCAUUCAGUUUCGCCGCCGCAAUAGUCGACAGCAAUUGGUUCAGCGGGAAUGUGGGGCUCAUGUUUAAUAACACAUAUAAUAACGUCCAUCAUGGAGAGGUUACGGUCGUACCCACCGUGUUAGAUUGGUGGCUGGAACCACGGCGCGAUGAUGACAUUUUGUUCUUGGAUCCCAAUAUUUCUAUCUGGAGAUGCAUAAGCUUGAACAGCGUCGUUAAUUUCGUUAAUAACGAUGUUCGUAAAGUCCAAUCAAGGUGCAGCUGCUUGGAUGGAUACGAAGGCAAUCCUUACAUCGUUAACGGAUGCCAAGAUAUCGACGAGUGCCAGCAGCCAGAUGUUUACUCAUGCGUGCACGGAACCUGCAUCAAUAUGCCAGGGACAUAUCGAUGCUUAUCAAAGAAAAGUAUCAUCAGCCUCCCAGGUUUAAUUACCGUAAUAGCAAUCAGUGCUGGUUUGGGCCUACUGUUUUCAGUUUUGGGUGCAGCCAAAAUCACUAAAAAACUGAAGCAACAAAGAGCCAAGAAGUUGAGACAAAAAUUCUUCAAGAAAAACCAUGGAUUGCUUCUACAACAGUUAAUCUCUUCAAACAAAGAUAUAGCCGAAAGAACGAGGAUUUUCAGCUGGGAAGAGCUAGAGCAAGCAACCAACAAAUUUGACAAUAAUCGCAUCCUUGGUGGUGGUGGCCAUGGCACGGUGUAUAAAGGCAUCUUAUCUGAUCAACGUGUCGUGGCCAUCAAGAAGGCCAAAAUUGUCGUCCAGAGGAAAAUCGACCAGUUCAUAAAUGAGGUUGUGAUACUUUCACAGACAAACCAUCGGAAUGUGGUGAAGCUCUUUGGGUGCUGCCUCGAGACGGAAGUUCCUCUACUAGUUUAUGAGUUCAUAUCAAAUGGAACUCUCUCAUUUCAUCUCCAUGGCCAAAGUGAGAACCCUUUGACGUGGACAGAUAGGUUGAGGAUUGCAUUGGAAACUGCAAGGGCUAUUGUAUAUCUUCACUCUGCUGCUUCCAUAUCAGUAUACCAUAGAGAUAUCAAAUGUGCAAACAUACUACUCGCUGAUACUUUAACAGCAAAAGUGUCAGAUUUUGGAGCUUCAAGGUCAAUUGCAAUAGAUGAGACAGGAAUACUUACGGCCGUCCAAGGAACUUAUGGUUACCUUGAUCCUGAAUACUACUACACAAGUCGACUCACCGAGAAGAGUGAUGUUUACAGCUUUGGCGUCAUCCUGGCGGAGCUAGUGACAAGGGUGACACCAGUUUUUUCUUCUCAUUCGUCAGAAGGUACAAGCCUAGCAUCCCAUUUUGUGUCAAUAAUAAGAGACAAUCGCUUCUUAGAUAUUCUAGACACACAAAUUUUUGAGGAGGGAGGCACUGAAGAUGCUACCGUGGUUGCAAGGAUAGCAGAAGCAUGCUUAAGUUUGAAAGGAGAAGAAAGGCCUACAAUGAGGCAAGUGGAGAUAUCACUUGAAGACGUGAAGAGCUCAAAGGUUCAUCACAAUUCGCAGACUACAAGAGUGAGCCAGGAUGCUCUAACUGACCAAUCAUGCAAGGGAAACAAAGUCGGCGAAGGAACUAGACUGUACAGCUUAGAGAAAGAGUUCAUCCAAUCAUCUGAAAUUCCAAGAUAACUUUACUUAGAUGGUGAUGUGCCGCAAUUCCUACUAUUUCGUAUUAGCUUGGGUGCCAUACUGCAAAUGAAAUGUCAAUUAGGAACUCUGAA